AGUGCUUUCUUCAGCUUCAUCAUGGCAGUGCUUGGUUCCUAGUAUGAAUAGAGGAAUGGAUAGAUAAUAUAAUAUGGAAAAAAAGAAAAAUGGUUACUACACAUGUAGCUCAAAGUGCAGAACUCUAUGCAGGGCAUGCUUUACCUUUGCUAUUAUUUCACUGUCACCCUUACAUCUCUUUCCAGACCUCUUGCAUAAUGCUAUUAAUAAACACAAGAUUAGGGUUUAGAAUAUCCAUUGGCUGUGCUGAGAUUGUGUCAACAAUGCAAAUGGCAGUAGAGAUCUUUGAGCUAGUCAGUUAUUUACUAAACUUGCACAACUUGUCUUAGUUCACUGCAGUAAGUGAACAUCAAUUGGAUCCAUUUAUUCAUGGCAGUGCGUUUAUAAACGGAAAAUGAUUGUUGUGUUGAAGUAUAAUUUUUUUUUGUUCUUUUAUGUCUUUAAUGUUUAGAACCUUGAAGCCUUAGCAGUUAUAACUAGCAUAACUAUACAAAAACAUUAAACGUCACAUUAAACUCUCAUCCCCACUGUCUCCUCCCCCUCUUGCUCAGUGUUUAUAAAGCUCGUGGUUGCCUGUUGCCUUUGUGUUUGUCUUGGAAUUAAUUUGUCAUCAUGUGGAUGACUUUCAUGAAGUUAGAUCUGGCUUCUGUAUGCCUGGCAGUCUUUCUAGGUUUGAUCUUUAUGGUUCUGUUUGAGAUCUUUAGGAUUAAUUCCUGCAGAGCUCAAACUCCACCUGGUCCCAGACCACUGCCUUUUGUGGGAACCAUACCAUAUUUUUUAAAGAACCCAAUGGAGUUCAUAAGAUCUUUAUGUCAGUAUGGAGAGAUGGCAACUAUCUAUGUCGGAAGAAAGUCAGCAAUAUUCCUCAAUACAAUCGAACUUGCGAAGGAAGCCCUGGUCCAAAAUGCUUCAUCUUUUUCAGGAAGGCCACCUGUACCACUUCUAAUCUGGAUCACUGAAGGAUAUGGUAUUGUAAUGGCCACAUUUGGUCACUCCUGGAGGCAACAGAGACGGUUUGCUCUGCACACGCUAAGGAACUUUGGCCUGGGGAAGAAGUCUGUGGAGGAACGUGUGACAGAGGAAAGCAGCUACCUGGUUCCUGAAAUGCUCAAAUUGGAAGGCAAGCCAUUUGACCCCCAACAUGCAAUACAGAAUGCUGUAUCCAACAUUAUCUGUUCCAUUGUGUUUGGGGAUCGUUUCGACUAUGAUAACAAGUGCUUCGCAUACCUUCUGGAAAUUGUGAAGGAGAACAUUAUUCAGUCAGGGUCACUUACUGGACAGGUGUUUGACUUGCUUCCCAUCAUCAAACAUUUUCCAGGGCCACACCAGAAAAUUUACCAGAACGCAGAGGAGUUGAAAGUUUUCAUCAAGAAAGCAGUCAAAACACACAGAGAAACUCUGGAUCCAGACAGUCCACGGGACUUUAUUGAUGCCUACCUGCUAGAGAUUGAGAAACAAAAGUCCAACGAGGACUCCACAUUUCAUGAUGAUAACAUGGUAAUGUCAGUAUCUGACCUUUUCCUGGCUGGAACCGACACCACAUCGACCACCAUCAGAUGGGGGCUCAUCUACUUGACUCAAAACCCAGAUGUACAAGAGCGAUGUCAUGAGGAGAUUGUUCGGGUGCUUGGUUACGACCGUUUGCCCAGCAUGGAUGACCGUGACAAACUACCGUACACAUAUGCCACUGUUCACGAGAUUCAACGCUGUGCCAACAUCGUACCGUUUGGCGUUUUUCAUGAAACUACUCAGCCCACAAAACUACGAGGAUAUGACAUUCCCAAGGGCACCACGGUGUUUACCAACUUAACAGCAAUUUUAACUGAUAAGGAGCACUGGAAGUACCCAGACACCUUUAACCCAGAUAAUUUUUUAGAUGAUAAUGGACAUUUCUUCAAACCAGAGUCUUUCCUCCCUUUCUCCUUGGGUCCGAGGGUCUGUCUCGGUGAGACCCUAGCUAAGACAGAGCUCUUCCUCUUCGUCACCUCUCUCUUACAGCGGAUUCGUUUCUCUUGGCCACCUGAUACAAAGUGGCCAGACAUGAAUGGGAUUGUCAGUGUGGUCCGCUCUCCUGAGCCAUUCAACAUCAUCUGCCAGAGCAGAGGAUCCACAGAGUGAUCCAUCAGUACACUUUCCAACUUCUACACAAGUUUCACUAGCUGUUUUAACACAACUCAAUGGUAAUAGUUUUUUUUUGCCCAAAGACAUUAUAUUUUAGUUUAAUAGUUAUGGUUUUGAAAAAUGUACACAUGCUUUACUCAUUGUAAAGUAAAAAACUGACAUCACAAUAAAUUACUUCAGUGUUGUAAUACCA